GACUUGCGUUUAAGAAAAUAGUCCACUUUAUUCUUUUUGAUUUCAUCGACCUGCACAACAGCGAUCGAACUAUCAUGUUGCUGCCGAUAUUUCUUGUCUCGAUCCUGGCAUCCACAAAUGCUAAUUCCGAGGCUAAUUCGUUGAGUGGUGUGAUAGACCUAGUACCGAAACUGAAUCCAUUAGAACGGAUACCAGAAAUCCCGGAUAUAUUAACACCUACGGUUCCUGAUGAUGCACAUCUUACCACGAUGGAAUUGAUAAGCAAAUACGGCUAUAAUGGUGAAAUGCAUAAAGUGACUACUUCUGAUGGUUAUAUUUUGGAACUGCAUCGAAUAAACGGACGAGCUAAUUCUACCGACUCAAAAGUGCAAAAACCCGUUGCAUUUGUGAUGCACGGUCUUUUGUGCGACUCGUCGUCGUGGGUUCUUUCCGGCCGUGAAAAAAGUUUAGGAUUUAUACUUGCGGACGCGGGCUACGAUGUAUGGCUCGGUAACGCGCGUGGUAAUCCAUAUGCUCGUACUCAUACAAAGCGUAAAAUCAAGCCGAAAAAUUACUGGAACUUCAGAGGGUUAAAAUUUAAAGCUCUUCUUCCAGUAAUCUUAGGACAUGUUCCUGCUAGUACAUCCACGAAGCAAAUGAUGCACUACGGACAACUUAUCAAGUCUGGAACAGUAGUCUUACCGGGGAAAUUUAAACAAUAUGAUAAUGGAUUAGUCAGCAAUAAAGCUGCAUACGGCUCAUACACUCCACCAACUUAUGAUUUAAAGAAGAUCAAAGUUCCGAUCCAUUUAUAUUAUAGUGAAAAUGAUUGGUUAGCGAAUGUCAAGGAUGUGGAAAAGUUGUACGGCGAGCUGGGCAAUCCUUCUGGUAAAACUUUAGUAGCGGAUAAGAAAUUUAAUCAUGUGGACUACAUGUGGGCUAAGGAUGUGAGGAAGCUUGUAUACGAUCCGAUAAUCAAAAUAAUGAACAAAAAGGCCUCGCAAUGAAGUGCCAGCAUCUACUCCACUGAUGAUAAUUCAUGCGGUGAUUAAUUUGACCAGAAAUUUGACCAAGAAUUUGCUUUUCUCGUCGGCACAAUUAUUUUGUCGGAAGAUCAACGCUUACGCUCAAUAUAUUUCGAUAUAUAUCGGUUUGAGUUAUCAAACUCUUGUUAAUGUGUUCAUAUUCUCAUAAAAUAUUUUGUUUGAAAUGUGAUGCAUA